UUUCAGGCGGAAAUUUGGAGUGUAUUCAUUGCAAUCCUGCGAAAGAGCGUCAGAAAUCUGCAAGCGUGUACCGAUGUUGGUCUAAUCGAACAUGUACUUAAAAGGCUUCGAAACGCCGAUGUGGUUGUGGCAGAUCUUCUGAUUGAGAUGCUUGGUGUGUUGGCCAGCUAUAGCAUAACAGUUAAGGAGUUAAAACUACUUUUUGGAGCCAUGAAGGCUGUUGGCGGGAAAUGGCCCCGGCAUUCUGCGAAACUGCUGAACGUCCUACGACAGAUGCCUCAAAGGACGGGUCCGGAUGUGUUUUUCAGCUUUCCGGGGCGUAAAGGAUCGGCAAUAGUGUUACCCCCAUUAGCAAAAUGGCCUUAUGAAAAUGGUUUUACGUUCACAACGUGGUUUCGUUUAGACCCUAUAAAUUCUGUGAAUAUAGAAAGAGAAAAGCCUUAUUUAUACUGCUUCAAAACGAGUAAAGGAGUUGGAUAUACCGCUCACUUUGUCGGCAACUGUUUAGUUUUAACAUCGAUGAAAAUCAAAGGCAAGGGCUUCCAACACUGUGUGAAGUACGAGUUUCAGCCGAGAAAGUGGUAUAUGCUGGCAGUAGUUUACAUUUACAAUAGGUGGACGAAGAGCGAAAUUAAAUGUUUAGUGAAUGGUCAAUUAGCAUCUAGUACAGAAAUGGCGUGGUUUGUGUCUACAAACGAUGUAUUUGAUAAGUGUUACAUUGGUGCAACUCCAGAGCUAGAUGAAGAAAGAGUAUUUUGUGGACAAAUGUCUGCGAUAUAUUUGUUUAGUGAAGCAUUGACUACACACCAAAUAUGCGCUAUGCAUAGGUUGGGUCCUGGGUAUAAAAGCCAGUUCCGAUUUGACAAUGAAUGUAGUUUAAAUUUACCAGACAAUCACAAAAGGGUGAGUGAUAACAAACAACAGUUACCAGCAUCUAGCAUGCCUUUAUCUCUGACUGCGUCGGAUGCACGUUCCGUCUUAUAUGACGGCAAGCUGUCGAAUGCCAUCGUGUUCAUGUACAAUCCAGUUGCAACUGACGCACAAUUGUGCCUGCAAUCAGCGCCCAGAGGAAAUAUGUCGUAUUUCGUUCACACUCCCCACGCUCUCAUGUUGCAAGACGUGAAAGCAGUGAUAACACACUCCAUCCAUAGUACGUUAAACUCUGUAGGAGGAAUUCAAGUAUUGUUUCCUUUAUUUUCUCAACUAGAUCUACCGUACGAAGCAAAUGGUACCUCAGAAUUGAAGAGGGAUCCAACACUAUGCUCAAAACUACUAGGGUUUAUCUGUGAACUAGUGGAGACUUCACAGACGGUCCAGCAACACAUGAUCCAAAACCGAGGGUUUCUGGUGAUCAGUUUCAUGCUACAGCGAGCCUCUAGGGAACACCUGACGAUAGAGGUGCUCGGCUCAUUCCUGAGCUUGACCAAGUAUCUGGUCACGUGUCUAAGUGCCAACAGUGAAUUGCUGCUCAAACAGUUAUUUUGCUUUUCAUUCCUGACCUGGCAGCUGCUCGACCACAUACUUUUCAACCCGGCGCUGUGGAUUUACACGCCAGCAUCUGUGCAGACUAGGCUUUAUUCCUAUUUGGCCACUGAGUUUCUUUCCGAUACUCAAAUAUACUCCAACGUCAGAAGGGUGUCGACUGUACUUCAAACGAUGCAUACGCUGAAGUACUACUAUUGGGUGGUGAAUCCAAGAGCGAAGAGUGGGAUUACGCCUAAGGGAUUAGAUGGCCCUCGACCGACCCAUAAGGACAUCGUACCAAUCCGUUCCUACAUCCUGUUGUUCCUGAAGCAGCUGAUUAUGGUCGGCAACGGUGUCAAGGACGACGAGCUGCAGAGUAUCCUGAACUACCUGACGACCGUUCACGAGGAUGACAACCUGCACGACGUGUUGCAAAUGCUCAUCUCGCUCAUGUCCGAACAUCCAUCCUCGAUGGUGCCUGCCUUCGAUGCCAAAUCCGGAGUUCGGACUAUUUUCAAAUUGCUUGCUUCAGAAAGUCAACUAAUUAGGCUACAAGCACUGAAGCUGUUGGGGUUUUUCCUGAGCAGGAGUACACACAAAAGGAAAUACGACGUAAUGAGUCCGCACAACUUGUAUACGUUACUUGCUGAGAGAUUAUUAUUGAACGAAGAUACUCUAUCUCUACCGACGUAUAAUGUCCUCUAUGAAAUAAUGACGGAACAUAUUAGUCAGCAAAUACUGUAUUCUAGACACCCUGAGCCCGAGUCUCACUUUCGUCUGGAGAAUCCAAUGAUUCUGAAAGUUGUGGCCAGCCUCGUAAGACAAUCAAAACAGACGGAGAAACUACUGGACGUAAAGAGAUUAUUCCUCUCUGAUAUGACGUUGCUGUGCAAUAACAACAGAGAAAACAGGAGGACGGUGUUACAAAUGUCAGUGUGGCAAGAAUGGCUAAUUGCUAUGGCGUACAUUCACCCUAAGAAUACGGAAGAACAGAAAAUAUCGGAUAUGGUAUACUCACUUUUCAGAAUGCUGCUUCAUCAUGCUAUCAAGUACGAAUAUGGCGGCUGGAGGGUGUGGGUUGAUACAUUAGCCAUAGUUCACUCAAAGGUAUCGUAUGAAGAGUUCAAACUUCAGUUCGCCCAGAUGUAUGAACACUACGAAAUGCACCGGGCCGACAACAUCACUGACCCUAUGCUGCGUCAGCAACACCCAAUCAGCACGAUAUCAGGCUGGCACGAAAGUUCGCAUAUGACGAACGGAUGCAGGCAAGAUGGAGGCGGAGGAGACCACUGGGAAAACUCCAGGACCAGCUUGCAGGAAAUUGAGAUGAAUGAGAACGAUAAGUCGGAACAGGUCUGCAGCUGUGACUACAACUCGACGCUUUCAGAAGGAAGCCCAGUUUCCUACAUCGCGAAGCACGAAGACAGUGAAGUAGUGUCAUUGGAUUCAAGGACUAGUGACUUGUUCAGUGACGGAAAAGUUAGCAAAGGAUCACCGUAUUCUCAGGAUUCUCCUAUGAAAUCACACAUUAUUGAAGACAACCUGGAUGCAAUUCCUGAUUCACCAGUCUGCAAUGGGUUGCAUAGCGAAAGUAGUCCUAGCUUUGGGAGUCCAGUCAAGAGUGAUUCCGAUAUGCUGAAAGUAGAAAUCGUGGAGGAAAUCGUGCAGGAAAUCUUAGCAAAGUCAGAAAAACUGCUGGAGGAACGCGUAGAAAUGCGUACUGAGGCGGAUCCUAGGACAGUAUCACCAGUAGUGCAGGACCAGGAAAUUGCUCAAGCCGUCAAAGAAGUGGUGAACAUUGUACCAGAUUUAGAUGCCAAGAAUAAAGUUAUAGAAGAGGAAACUCAAACGACACAAGUGAAAUUUAAAGACGAAGAGGAAGUCAUUGGUGAGCCAAUGACAGAGGAAGAUGUAGAAGUUGGGAAAAGCGUCAGCGAGCAGCCCAGUUCCGUAAAAGACAUUCCUAGUCCUGAAAAGGAGGUUCCUGAUAGUGAUAUUUCCGAAAGGUAUCUCACACCUACAGAAGAAAUCGUUGAGAAAAAAGGAGCUGAAAGCGCAGAUAGUAAGUGUGACAAAAGUGAAUUUGAUGAGUUCAGAACGGUUGAAAGUGAAGAAAAAUAUAGUGAAGUGAUCGCGGACUUGAACGUUGAUACCUCUGAAAAGAUAGUGAUCAUUGUUACACAGGAAAGUGAAGAUAAGGAAUCAGUCCAACUGGACGAAAGUACUUUAAAAAAUUCUGAAGCUGUGCCAAUUGUUGAAAAUAGUGCUGUGUCCGUAGAAUUAGAGCCGUCCAAUAAUGAAUCUAGUCUAAGUGAAACAAACGUUCAAUCAAGUGAUACCGAUUCUAAAAUAGUUAAAGAUGAUAACGGCGCUGUUGAAAGUGUUGCUGAUGAAGUGCCUCCAGUAGAAAAUAUAUCAACGAUUUCACAAUUCUGUGAUCCUAGUCAUUAUGAUACCGUUAACACUACUACUAGUAAUACUGCUGCUCAUGUUCUUGUUGAUACUCCUGUUAGUGUAUGUAAGGAAAGUGUAAUGUCAAGCGCCACACAAGUAGAUACCUCUACCCGAACUGCGGAACCUAUGAAGAGAAGGGUUAGUUUGCCCACGAACCAUUUGGAGGGCCAAUCUGCCGAUGCCAAUCACGGGACAAGUGGGCACCCAACGUCACCACAGAGGAGGCCCAGGAGUGCAUCAACGUCUACCCAGGUUGAUCCCAACUUAUUUGAUUCAGCAAGACCGAUGUUCAGCCCGGGUCCUAGCAGGCCCCCGUUCAGGAUACCAGAGUUCAAGUGGUCAUACAUCCACCAACGUUUACUGUCAGACGUACUAUUUUCCUUGGAAACCGAUAUACAAGUAUGGAGAAGUCACUCAACAAAGUCUGUUCUGGAUUUCGUCAACAGCAGUGAUAAUGCUAUCUUCGUAGUCAAUACAGUGCACCUGAUAUCCCAGCUUGCUGAUAAUCUUAUCAUCGCUUGUGGGGGUCUUUUGCCACUGCUUGCUUCAGCUACCUCACCAAAUAGUGAAUUAGAUGUAAUAGAACCAACUCAAGGAAUGCCUAUAGAAGUAGCCGUUAGUUUUCUACAAAGACUUGUCAAUAUGGCUGAUGUACUUAUUUUUGCAAGCUCGCUCAAUUUUGCAGAACUAGAAGCAGAGAAAAAUAUGUCGAGCGGCGGAAUCCUACGGCAGUGUCUUAGACUAGUAUGUACGUGCGCUGUUCGAAACUGUUUGGAAUGCAAAGAAAGAAUCAGGCUACAGCAUUUGGCAGCGCCGACCUCAAUGAAUACUAACCACAAAGCUGCACAUUUGCAGUCAUUCAUAAGAGGAGUCCAGAAUACUUCAAAGGAGUUGUCCGACAAUGUUCAGAACAACUCGAGUCCCGUUAAAGAUCCUGAGAAACUACUGCAAGACAUGGAUGUCAAUAGAUUACGAGCAGUCAUUUACAGAGAUGUGGAGGAAACCAAACAAGCGCAAUUUCUCUCGUUGGCCAUCGUGUAUUUCAUCUCAGUUCUGAUGGUUUCAAAAUACAGAGAUAUUCUGGAACCGCCUAUUCCUAUUAGAGUAUCAAGCCCCGUGCAAACUGUGAGAAACAGUGGGAAUUCCUCACACCAAUCGGGAAGUCCACAAGAAGGAAGCGCCAGGCCUCUGUUCCCUCAAUGGUCCCACCACGUCUAUCCUCAAUUCCUUCCUGGGUCCCACCCGAACGCCGUGGCGCACACUAAUUACAUGCGCCAUCGGCACGCCUAUUCCAAACACCAUUAUAACCUUAAUAACAACAACCACCACCAUUCCCAUCACCAUAACCACAAAAUUGAGCAUCGUUACCAUAGAAACUCGAUCGCUAAUCGGGCAGCUUCAAGGUCGAUUCAAACCCAGGACGAUAAUGACUACGAUAUCAUAACAGCCUACGUUGAAGACAAUAACUCCUUAAAUCAUGAGGCAGAGCUACAGUCUGGACCUCCAUCACUAAAGAUUAACGCGAGGCAGCGCCCAUCGCUGGCUCACGGGUUCUCUCUUAAUUACUCUAUGGAUGGGAUUAGGCAUGCUCGAGGUUGUCAGAGUUCUCGUGUUAAUAAGAAGCACGGAUUCUAUUGAAGAUAUGAACUCCGUCAACUCCGUGGAGACCAACAACCUGGAUUCGGCAAAUGACGUCCAUCUCGACGAUAAUGAAAAAACUUCCAACAUCGACGAAAACUGGACGGACAUAAACUUAAACGAAGAAGGUGACAUGAAGGAAGAAACCGUCAGAAACAUGCAAAACAUGUCUCAUUCUUACCAUUCACUGAUGGAUACCGAAGGGAACAUCCAAGCAGAAAAAGGCGAGAAACAUCAACCCGAGAUAUCCGUGGUUAGGGUAUCUGAGAGCAUUAUCCAAACUCCAGCUCAAAUAAGGCCUGUAGAGUUGCCUGUCAACAGUUUGGUGGAUCAUAUCUCUAUACCAACACCUUCUCGUGAAGCUUCCCUCACUCAGAAGCUUGAAAUGGCUCUAGGAUCGGUAUGUCCAUUGCUUAGAGAAAUCAUGGUCGAUUUUGCUCCGUUUCUCUCCAAGACCCUGGUUGGAUCACAUGGGCAAGAGCUUCUGAUGGAAGGCAAAGGGCUUACGACUUUCAAGAACAGCAAUUCUGUUGUGGAACUAGUUAUGUUGUUAUGCUCGCAAGAAUGGCAGAAUUCUCUACAGAAGCACGCAGGUUUGGCCUUCAUAGAAUUGAUCAACGAGGGCAGGCUUUUGUCUCACGCAAUGAAAGAUCACAUUGUUAGAGUCGCGAAUGAAGCUGAGUUUAUACUGAAUAGGAUGAGAGCUGAUGAUGUCUUGAAGCAUGCCGAUUUCGAGUCUCAAUGUGCUCAAACUCUCCUGGACCGCAAAGAAGAAGAGCGGAUGUGCGACCAUCUGAUAACGUCCGCGCGACGUCGUGAUAACGUCACAGCCAGUCGAUUGUUAGAAAAAGUGCGCAACAUAAUGUCGAACAAACAUGGCGCGUGGGGAUACAUGGAUGCUGGCGAGAAUAGAAUAGAAUUCUGGAAACUGGACGCAUGGGAAGAUGAUGCUAGGAGGAGGAAGAGAUUCGUCCAUAAUCCGCUGGGAACCACGCAUCCUGAGGCUAGUCUUAAGGCGGCUAUCGAGCACGGAGCGCCAGAGGAUGCCGUAUUGCAGGCUAGAGAAGAAUUCCACGCUCACCUGGCUACAACGCGCAGUCAACAUCAGAUGCAAAAUGAUCUAAUGGAUGACAGUGAACUUCUGACAGACGACAGGGAACUGGACACAGAUUUAAACGGGCCUGUGAAUAUCAGUACAAAGGCGAAAUUGAUAGCUCCUGGUAUUGUGGCGACCGGCAUGAUUUCCAUCACAUCUGCAGAACUGUACUUCGAAGUGGACGAAGACGACGAGGAGUUCAAGAAGAUAGACAGUGAGGUAAG